CGGAGCCUGCGGGCCAUGGCCGGGCGCGAGGCCCGGGCGCUGCUGGCGCUGGGCGCGCUGGCCGCCUGCGCGGGGCUGGCGGGCGCGGCGGGCGCGCGGCGCGGGGGCGGCCUGCCCUUCGAGUACCACCGCUACCCCGAGCUGCGCGAGGCGCUGGUGGCCGUGUGGCUGCAGUGCGCGGCCGUCGCCAGGCUCUACUCGGCCGGGCGCAGCGCCGAGGGCCGCGAGCUGCUGGUGCUCGAGCUGUCGGACAACCCGGGCGUCCACGAGCCGGGUGAGCCGGAGUUCAAGUACAUCGGGAACAUGCACGGCAACGAGGCGGUCGGGCGGGAGCUGCUCAUCCUGCUGGCCCAGCACCUGUGCAACGAGUACCAGCAGGGGAACGAGACCAUCGUGAACCUGGUGCACAGCACGCGCAUCCACAUCAUGCCGUCGCUGAACCCUGACGGCUUCGAGAAGGCCGCCUCGCAGCCUGGUGAGCUCAAGGACUGGUUUGUGGGUCGCAGCAAUGCGCAGGGAAUAGACCUGAACCGGAACUUCCCGGACCUGGACAGGAUCGUUUACGUGAACGAGAAGGAAGGGGGCCCAAACAACCACCUGCUGAAAAACAUGAAGAAGAUUGUGGACGAAAACACAAAGCUGGCGCCCGAGACCAAGGCGGUCAUCCACUGGAUCAUGGACAUCCCCUUCGUGCUGUCCGCCAACCUGCACGGCGGUGACGUGGUGGCCAACUACCCCUACGACGAGACGCGCAGCGGCAGCACCCACGAGUACAGCUCCUGCCCGGACGACGCUGUCUUCCGAAGCCUGGCGCGCGCCUACUCGGCCUUCAACCCCGUCAUGUCCGACCCCGGCCGGCCGCCCUGCCGCAGGAGUGACGACGACAGCAGCUUCGUGGACGGGACCACCAACGGCGGCGCGUGGUACAGCGUGCCUGGCGGGAUGCAGGACUUCAACUACCUCAGCAGCAACUGCUUUGAGAUCACCGUGGAGCUCAGCUGCGAGAAGUUCCCACCCGAAGAGACGCUGAAGAGCUAUUGGGAGGAUAACAAAAACUCACUCAUUAACUACCUGGCCCAGGUACACCGUGGGGUUAAGGGGUUUGUGCGCGACCUGCAGGGGAACCCGAUCGCCAACGCGACCAUCUCCGUGGAGGGCAUAGACCACGACGUGACAUCCGCCAAGGACGGGGACUACUGGAGACUGCUCGUGCCUGGGAACUACAAGCUCACGGCCUCGGCCCCCGGCUACCUGGCAACAACGAAGAAAGUGGCGGUCCCUUACAGCCCCGCCGUUGGGGUUGAUUUUGAGCUGGAGUCAUUUUCCGAAAGGAAAGAGGAGGAGAAGGAAGAAUUGAUGGAAUGGUGGAAAAUGAUGUCGGAAACUUUGAAUUUCUAAAAAGGCUUCUAAUUAGCUGCUUUUAAUCUAUCUAUCUAUAUAAUGUAGUUUGAUGUAAUGUGGCCAUUUUAUUUUAGAUUUUGUGCAGUUAAUAUUUAACGUUGGCUUAUUUUUUAAUCACUAAAAUAUCAAUUGAUGUUACUUAAAAUAGAGUGUUAGGUGAAAAUACAAGAACUUGAUCUAUUUCAUUCUCUUCUAAUACAUUAAUUUUCCUACAUCAGUUGCACAAAGGACUGUAGAAAGAUUUAAGCAAUCUUGCCGUUUUAGGAUUAAAUGCAAUAUUCCAGGUGUUCUUUGCAAUAACAGGACUCUUUGAGUACUUCUAGCGUGUAAAAAUUAGUGACGUUCUUUUAAUGUAAUUGGUGACAAUGUCACACAAUUAAUGCCAUUGAAAAGGCUGACAGAUACAGCUGGGAGUUGUGAGCACUCUGCCGCGAGACUUAAGCGGUGCACAGUGUACAUUAUCGUUUUUCCCUUGUGUGACCACCACACACGCAUGAUCUCGUGAAUGCAUUUUGGAUGGUGCGAAAUGUACGUGUUUGCCAAGAGGUUUUGUGAAAAGAAUAAAGAUUGACUUGCUUGUCUAAUA